GGGGGUAAAGGUUUCACUAUCGCCAGUGCCUGCGUGCCGUCUCAGAAACAGCCCGUCGAGGUUUCGUUCGUGGAAGUGUUGACAGACAGAGUGACGGGCAGGGUACGGCGUUUACGCGGCUGUUUACAAGUCGUCACGGGGGCUAGGUAACUGUUCCUGGGAACUUAAGUGACAGACGAUGGACCCAGCGAUGGCAGACAUGUGUAAGGGUCUCAUACAGGCUUGCUUUGGCAAGUACAGCGCCAAGUACAGGGGAACAGAAGAGGGUCUGAGGCAGGUACUGCAGACAAAAUACAACGGCAACGUGGACGACUUCAGAGAACGUUUUGUAGAGCCAACAUUGCAGCUGUUGACAACGUUGCGGAACCAGGGGUUCCCUCUCUGCACGUCAAAGUACCGACUGGUUCACCUGGUUUCUCCCGAUGUACCUUUCGAGGCAGGGGACAUGUUCUUCCAGGUGGGGCAAUCCAAACCCGGAACCCUGUCCUUGAAGUUUACCAAAUAUGACAACGUCCGAAACGUCAUCAGACUGCAGAAUUCGCACGUCCCGGAGAGGGACUACCGGGCGGCGUUUACCGACCAGUACUUCCGGGACCUGAGGACGCUGGCCAGCCAGACUGGCAACAUCGGAGACGUGCUGAUGAGGACGUGCAUCGUCAUCACCGCAGACGGGACGGUGGCGAGAGUUGGAACAUCGACUGUCAUGGAGGAGAUAAAUAUAAACGUGAUCAGCAGCAUGACCCCGGAGCAGAAACAGGCCAUCGCCGACAAACUGGACAGGGACCCGGUGCUGAGAACAUCCGGCAGUCGGGACGACUGGCAGGCUCUAGCCGGCAGACUGGAGGCUGAAGGAACCUUACAGGAAGGAUUCGCAGCGAAACUGAACGCGUGCGUGGCACCAGGCAGCCCCACGAUGAAGCUUCUGGAGAUACUGGGCAGGAGUGACCCGAACUACCCCACAUCGCGUCUCAUGGAACAUCUAAGGCAGCUGAAAAGGAACGACGCAGUCGAGGCGUUCAACCAUUCAAACGAAGCAAAAAGAAGAAAAGACUUUCAGAAAACUCGCGCACAUACAGUCAACCUGGGCGAGCUGGCCAUGGGACUGCACAACACGAAGCUGUCCAGGGAGGAGUCCGGCUCAGACCCGUGUCUACCGGACAGCGCAGACAAGCUGCACUACGAUGCCGAGGGCAACUUGGCGGGAGACAUGAACAGGGCUCGUCUCCUCCUCAGCCAGUCCUGUCCGCACGGCGCUCUCCAGCGGAGCAACACGGUUCCUACAACACCAACAAGUGUGCCGGUACAACCAGUGUCUGGGGUCCAGGAGCAGACAACAGUACCAGUACAGGCUGUGGACCAACUCACAGAACUUUCAUGUCAUCAGCAGGCAAGUCAACAGCAGGGGGCCGUGACGGAAUCCGUAACAAUCGACCUUCACGUAAACGAGACCGUCAGCAAUGACCUACAGGCCACUCCUGAGUACCCACCCGACCACCCAAACAAUCCCGGGUAUCCAGAAGUUCAGACAGCCGUCACCAGCUCUCAAAGAACAUUCCAAAAUCCACAACCGAUGGCCGCACGCGAAAAUCAGGCAGCUAACUCACACAUUGGUCAAACUCUAGAGCCUGAGAACAAUCCCAGCUACCCGUCUGUCAGUGAAGCAGUCACUAGUACUUCUGAUGAGGUGCCGUUGGCAACGGGAAAUUUGAAUGGCAGCAACGGCACAGGAUUGGUGGGUCAGACGGCGACGUUAACCAAUCAGGAGUACCCGUCUGUGGAACGUGCAGUUCAGGCAAACUAAA